AUGGCAGAAUCUCAGCCAAAGAAAAGAGCAUUCCGUAAGUAUACCUUCCGUGGAGUUGACCUCGAUGACUUGGUGAAGAUGGAAAAAGAAGAUUUUCUCAAGCUCCUUGGCUGCAGACAAAGAAGAAGACUUCUAAACAGAGAAGUUCCUCACAAAUAUAUCCGCUUUUACAAAAAAUGUGUGGCUGCCAAGAAAGAUACCCAAGUCGGAGAAAAGCCAAAGCCAGUCAAGACACACUUAAGAGACGCAAUCAUUUUGCCAGAAUUAGUAGGCUCAGUUGUUGGAAUUUAUAAUGGUAAAUCCUUUGUUCCAGUUGAAAUCAAGCCAGACAUGAUUGGACAUUACCUAGCAGAAUUUUCGCUUACAUACAAGCCAGUUAAGCACGGAAGACCAGGUAUCGGUGCUUCUAAAGGUUCGACUGCAGUUGAUCUUAAGUAA